GCAAGGAAUAGCUGCCGGUGGCAACUUACAGUCAGACAUUUAUUUUUUACUGUUUGCUUCUUUAAAGUCAUUUUUUUAACAGAAUCGCUAAGUUUUGCCAAUGGCGGACUCGAUGUUUACAGUGGCUAUAGACUUCGGGACGGCUUACAGCGGCUACUGCUUCUGUGUCCGCAAUUGUCUCGAUAACAUUAGAUCUGUGUUCUGGGGACAGGAGUUGGGGUUCGGGUCUCCAAAAACGCCGACCUGUAUCUUAUUUGACGAGCACGAACAAUUCCAGAAGUUUGGAUAUGAAGCAAUGAUGACUUACAUCAGGUUAUCAAAGGAGGAAGCUAAAAAGUACUUUUUUUUUGAGAAUUUCAAAAUGGAAUUGUACAACAAGACUAUACAUAGGAAUCUAAUGAUUCCUGCAGCAAGUGGGAAAACUUUAAGAGCCCUGAAGGUUUUCUCCGAGAGCCUGCGGUACCUGAAGGACCAUGUCCUGAAGAACAUUCAGGAACACACUUCUGGAAAGAAGUUCAUCCCCUCAGAUGUGACCUGGGUGCUCACUGUACCUGCUAUCUGGGACGCUGCAGCCAAGCAGUUCAUGAGAGAGGCAGCAACUCAGGCUGGUCUGGUGACAGAAUCGAAUCCUAACCAGCUGAUCCUGGCCCUGGAGCCGGAGGCGGCAUCAGUGUGGUGUAAGCAGCUGCCCCGUGAGGGCUUUGUGGCUGAGGGAAGAUCUGAAGAUACCCUGGAACAGACGUCAGGAACUCAGUACAUCGUCGUUGACUGUGGGGGUGGUACCAUUGACAUCACUGUGCAUGAAGUUCUAGAAGAUGGGUUCCUGAAGGAGCUGCACAAGGCUUCAGGAGGGGAUAUGGGGGGUGAAACUGUCAACAAGAAGUUUAAAUCCUUCCUUACAGAUAUAUUUCACUCUCCAACAUGGGACAAGUAUGUGAGAGAUCACCCAGCUGAACUGCAGAAGAUGAUGUAUGAAUUUUCUGUGCAAAAGUCUGUUGGAGAGGACAAAGACAUAUAUAUUUCAUGCCCCUAUAACUUGUCACACUUAGCUGGGGAAAAACAAGACAUGUCCAGUUACUUCUGUAAUGCUGAGGGUGUUUUCUGGUCAGAUGGAUCCAUCAAAAUCACUUACAAAAAACUACAGUCAUUCUUUGCAGAAAGUGUAGGGAGGAUUGUAAGUGAAAUUCAAACUAUUAUUUCAGCACUAGAGAUUAGCAUAGACUACAUUCUCUUAGUCGGAGGCUAUGCUUCCUGCAAGUACCUGCAGAAAGAAAUCAGAAUGGAAUUUGGGCGAAGGUGUAGAAUCCUGUGCCCCAUAGAUGCCAAUAUGGCUGUUGCCAAGGGGGCCGUGCUGUUUGGACAUAACCCCAAGAUAGUGGCAUCACGAGUCAGUGCUCUGACAUAUGGGAUUGCUGUGGGUGAAACUUUUGAUAGCAGAAAACACAAGAUGGAGAAGCAGACAGUAAAUGACAAAGGAGAUUAUGUUUAUUGUGAUGAUAUCUUCAAGAGGAUGGUUCAGAAAGGUCAGUCAGUCAAGUGUGAUGAAGAGAUCGUCAUUGCUGAUGACACCAGCGGCUGGACCAAGCUAAAGAGACACCCACGUAACGCCUGGCUGAGGCAGAUAGACAGUCAUUUCCAGGUGGUAUGA